AUGUCUGUAUCAGCUGUUCGAAUUCCAGCCACCAAGACGGCCAAAAAUGCCGUUAUCUUCCUACAUGGUCUUGGUGACACUGGCGAAGGAUGGUCGUGGUUUCCUCAAGUGAUCAGUCAGACCGGUAUUCUCAAGUCGCAGGCUGAGACCAACUUCAUCUUCCCUAAUGCUCCAAGCAUCCCAAUCACUGUCAAUGGAGGCAUGAGAAUGCCCGGAUGGUUUGACAUUUAUGAAUUUGGUAACCCCAAGGCAAAACAAGACGUCGACGGUUUCUUCAAGACCUGCGACCUUCUAAAGUCCUUGAUCAAGGAGCAGCACGAGAAGCACAACAUCCCGCUCUCUAAGAUUGUUAUCGGAGGCUUCUCUCAGGGUGCAGCCAUCUCUAUUGCCACACUCUCUCUUCUCGAGGAGAAGAUCGGCGGUGCUGUAGCACUUUCUGGUUUCUGCCCUGUCUCUGACGCGUUGAAAAGCAAGAUUCAGAAUGCCAACUUCGAAACACCCGUUUUCCAGGGCCAUGGUGACGUUGACCCUAUUGUUCAGCACUCGUUUGGUGAGGAUACCAGCAAGUUCUACAGAGAGGCUGGCUUUAAGGACUGGACUUUCAAGACCUAUGGUGGAGUGGCACACAGUGCCAAUGACGAGGAAUUGGUCGACGUUAUCAAAUUCCUCUCUCUGAUUUUGGAUAAAUAA